CCUCCCAUGGCAGUGGCCAUCUCUCCGUGAAACUUGCCAAGCUGGACGCCACAGCUCUGCACCACGACGACACUUUGGCCAGCUCCGUGCCCCCUUGGGAGGCGUGUGACCAUGCAGUCCUAGCCAGCAGCCCGGGCAUCCCCGAGGAGCACUACAUCAGCGAGGCUGUGGGAGAUGCUCCCAGCAGCAGAGGAUGCCGGGAUGCCUGCACCAUCACCGACGUGUGCAACAGCACUGAUCUUCCGGAAGUUGAGAUCAUUAGCCUGCUGGAGGAACAGCUGCCCCAUUAUAAGCUAAGAGCCGACACCAUCUACGGUUAUGACCACGACGACUGGCUCCAUACACCCCUCAUUUCUCCAGAUGCCAACAUAGACCUCACCACCGAGCAAAUUGAAGAGACACUGAAAUACUUUCUUUUAUGUGCUGAAAGAGUUGGCCAGAUGACUAAGACAUAUAAUGACAUAGAUGCUGUUACUCGGCUGCUUGAGGAGAAAGAGCGAGAUUUAGAAUUGGCUGCUCGCAUUGGCCAGUCGUUGUUGAAGAAGAACAAGACAUUAACCGAGAGGAACGAGCUAUUGGAGGAACAGGUUGAGCACAUCCGGGAAGAGGUAUCUCAGCUCCGGCAUGAGCUGUCCAUGAAGGAUGAGCUACUGCAGUUCUACACCAGGGUCACGGAGGAGAGUGAGCCCGAGUCUGCAUGCUCCACUCCGCUGAAGAGGAACGAGUCAUCCUCCUCUGUCCAAAAUUACUUUCAUUUGGAUUCUCUUCAAAAAAAGCUGAAAGACCUUGAAGAGGAGAACGUGGUUCUUCGCUCUGAGGCCUGCCAACUGAAGACAGAGACCAUCACUUACGAGGAGAAGGAGCAGCAGCUGGUCAGCGAUUGCGUGAAAGAGCUAAGGGAUGCCAAUGUGCAGAUUGCCAGUAUCUCAGAAGAGUUGGCCAAGAAGACGGAAGAUGCUGCACGCCAGCAGGAGGAGAUCACCCACCUACUGUCACAAAUAGUGGAUUUGCAGAAGAAGGCCAAAGUGUGCGCUGUGGAAAAUGAAGAGUUGGCCCAGCACUUGGGUGCUGCCAAGGAUGCUCAGAGGCAGCUCACAGCAGAGCUGCGGGAACUGGAAGACAAGUAUGCGGAGUGCAUGGAGAUGCUGCAUGAGGCACAGGAGGAACUCAAGAACCUCCGCAACAAGACCAUGCCCAGCACUGCCUCACGGCGCUACCACUCACUUGGCCUCUUCCCCAUGGACUCCCUGGCAGCAGAGAUCGAGGGAACGAUGCGCAAGGAGCUGCAGCUGGAAGAGCCAGAGUCUCCUGACAUUGCGCACCAGAAGCGUGUCUUCGAGACAGUGCGGACCAUCAACCAGGUGGUAAAGCAGCGAUCCCUGACACCCUCGCCCAUGAACAUCCCUGGCUCCAACCAAUCCUCGGCCAUGAACUCCCUCCUGUCCAGCUGUGUCAGCACCCCCCGCUCUAGCUUCUAUGGCAGUGAUGUCAGCAACAUCAUCCUCGACAACAAGACCAGCAGCAUCAUUCUGGAGGCUGAGGCCGAAGACCAGGGAAAUGAAGACCGCAAGAAGCCAGGGACUCCAGGCACCCCUGGCUCUCAUGACCUGGAGAUUGCGCUGAGGCGACUAUCCCUGCGCCGAGAGAAUUACCUCUCCGAAAGGAGGUUCUUCGAGGAGGAGCAGGAGAGGAAACUCAGGGACCUGGCGGAAAAGGGCGAGCUUCCCAGCGGCUCCCUCACGCCCACCGAGAGCAUCAUGUCCCUGGGCACGCACUCACGCCUCUCGGAGUUCACCGGCUUCUCCGGCAUGUCCUUCAGCAGCCGCUCCUACCUGCCAGAGAAACUCCAGAUUGUGAAGCCGCUGGAAGGUUCUGCCACCCUGCAUCACUGGCAGCAGCUGGCCCAGCCUCACCUCGGGGGCAUCCUCGAUCCCCGGCCUGGUGUGGUCACCAAGGGCUUCCGGACGCUUGACACAGACCUGGACGAAGUGUACUGCCUUAACGACUUUGAAGAAGAUGAGACAGGUGACCACAUUUCCCUCCCAGGCCUAGCUACCUCCACGCCAGUUCAGCACCCCAAGACCUCAGGUGAGAGGUCCCAAGCACACGUGACUGUCUCAGGCAGAAGUUACCCGAGCCAGCCUCAGGCUCGCCCCGAGGACAUGCAAGAGCUGCCAGCGGCCACGGAGGAGAAGGAGGAGGAGGAGGGGUCCGCACACCACCCCGGAAAGUGCAUGUCACAGACCAACUCCACCUUCACCUUCACCACUUGCCGUAUCCUGCAUCCUUCAGACGAGCUCACGCGACUCACGCCCAGCCUUAACUCAGCCCCGACGCCAGCGUGUAGUAGCGCCGGCCACUUGAAGCCCACCCCGGCAGCCACUCCCUGCACUCCACGGAGACUGAGCCUGGCCGAAUCCUUCACCAAUUCCCGGGAGUCCACCACCACCAUGAGCACGUCGCUGGGGCUGGUGUGGCUGCUGAAGGAGAGGGGCAUCUCGGCGGCUGUCUAUGACCCGCAGAGCUGGGACCGGGCUGCCCGGGGCUCCCUCCUGCACACCUACUCGCCCAGAAUGGCCGUGAUCCCCUCCACACCACCCAACUCGCCCAUGCAGACCCCCACCUCGUCUCCGCCCUCCUUCGAGUUCAAGUGCACAAGCCCCCCCUAUGACACCUUCUUGGCCUCCAAGCCGGCCAGCUCUAUCCUGAGGGAGGUGCGGGAGAAGAAAAACAUGCGGAGCAGCGAGAGCCAGACCGACGUGUCCGUCUCCAACCUCAACCUCGUGGACAAAGUCCGGCGCUUUGGCGUGGCCAGGGCGGUGCAUGCAGGACGAGCCCACGUCCCUCCCACCUUGACUGAGGACCAGGGACCGCUGGUUUGUGGGCCCCCCGGCCCCGUGCAGGGCCUGGUCCCCGAGGGUCUGCCUCUUGGAUGCCCCACGGUCACCCAGGCCAUCCGCCGGAACCGCAGUUUCCCCACCAUGGUGGGGUCCAGCAUGCAGAUGAAAGCCCCCGUGACCCUCACCUCGGGCAUCUUGAUGGGUGCUAAGCUCCCCAAGCAGACCAGCUUACGGUGAGGGUGGAGGGGGCCUUCCCCCACCUGCAGAGACAAUGUCCCACCUGCCCUGCCUCCCCCUCCCCGCCCUGGCCCUGCGCUCCUCUCCUUCCUCCUCUGCCCACCACCCCCUGCUGAGCUAGACAAAUCGACCUUGUGCCUACUGGGGAGAGCGGAGACUGUAAAAUGUGUACAUAAGACUCAGAGGCCUGGCACUCGCCUGGACCUUGCCCUGCCAUCCCAGAGAGGCGCCUUGGCGUUGGCAUUGCUGCCACCAGGACUCCCCCGUGCUGGCCUGAAGACAGGGACAGGCUGUCGGUCCAUGUUCCCUUCUUUCCAUUGAGAAGCACUGAAUCUCCCAAUGGCUUCCUAUCCUAUGGAUAGGAAACUAGUGAAUCCCAGGCUUGCUGGGCCCAGAGCGAGCUGUCCCACUGCGGGGUGCCCCAUCAUUGCCCCCCAACCCUGGUCCCAGGGAUCAUGGGCUCCUCGCCCCACCUAAGGAUGCAUGAGGCGUCUGUGUCCCGGGCCCCCAGCAGCUGGUGUGGCAGCGCUGUUCUCAUAUGGGUGGCUCAUUGACCAUUCUUCAGCUCAGCUUCAUUGGACUGACUCUCACUGCUCUCUUGAACUGUGACCUCUUUCUAUUGCCUUCCACCUGCCACUGUCCAGCUGCAGUGCUUGGUCAUCAGCUUUCAGUUCAGAUAUGACCCUGAAGAGAAUGUUUUUGUUCUUAUUUUUGUUUUUGGGCCACACUUGGUGACACUCAGGGGUUACUCCUGGUUCUGUAUUCAGAAAUUGCUCCUGGCAAGCUUGGGGUGCUCGGGGAUGCUGGGGAUCGAACCCGGGUCUGUCCCGGGUCAUCCCGUGCAAGGCAAACACCCUACCGCUGUACCAUUGCUCCAGUCCCUGAACCUGAAGAGAAUGUAUUCCCACUCCCUGUGUUUGAUACUUGUUUGGUCCCCUGCCAUCCCUUCCCUUUUGCAGCUCCUGUUCAGGGACAUAGUGGUACCCAAUGGCUGUUUCAACAGUCCAGGCUGUCUCUCAGGGUGCUCUUCCCAACACACCAGUCCCACACAUGAGACAGCUGUUCCUGGCAA